UGGGUGUCAUCCGCGUAGCAGUGGAAAUCUGGGGCACACCUGAAGUGACAGAUUAAGGCUGACAUGUGAAAGUUUUAAGCAGAAUGAACUGGGUGCAGCAUGACAGGUAAGAUUUGAACCAGUUUAGAGGAGUCUGAGUGAUACCAAUUGAAAGAACGUCUAUUGAUGAGGGUGGUGUGACAGAUGGUGUCAAAUGCUGCAGUCAGGCCAAGGAGGAUGAGGUUGAGAGUAAACCAGAAUGAUUUUAAUGAGGGCCAUUUCUGUACUAUGGAGGGAGCAGAAACCAGAUUGGAACUGUUCAUACAGGUUGUUGAUGGAUAGAUGAGCGUUGAGUUGCGACUGUUUUCUUGAGGAUUUUGGAAAUGAAAGGCAGAUUGGAGAUUGGACGUAAAUUAUUGAAGUUGGUGGGGUUAGCGCUAGGUUUUUUUUUUAGAAUUGGGGUUAUUGCAGCAGUUUUGAAUGGGGUAGGAACAGUUCCAGUGGUGAGAGAGGAGUGGAUGAUGGCAGAGAUGAGAGGGACCAGAGAAGGAAGACGGGCUUUUACUAGAACUGUGGGGUACUGGGUCCAGCUGACAGGUGGAUGACUUUGAUUUGGUGAUUUGGUAUUACCUUCAUGUGAACAGAUUAAACCAGUGUAGUAAUUGGAUUUUGUUUGGGUGAUACAGUCCUUGUAGUGCAGCAUGUGAUUUUUGUGAAUCUACAUGGUUUCGCCUCAAAAAAACGUUUCAUAGAAACUCUUACAACACAAAACUCAUAGUGGUUCAUCCCAGACAGAAUUUCCGAGUGCGCUUGACAAAUAGCCUCUGCACUUCCUCCUUCAUGUAGCACAUUGUGCAGGAUGGGUGCCGUCGUACUUCUCUUUGCUGUUUUUCUGCUGGAUUUAUGUGAAACAAAAGGUAGCAGCACUGUGACUCCUGUGUUUGUGCAGACAGGAAAGGAUUUACUUCUGGAUGUCAAGGAACCUGUUACUCUAGAUGAUGACAGUGAUUUUAUAUGGAGACACAAUGGUGCUAUAAAUAUUGUAAAAGUAUCUGGCAAUAAUAAACCAAAAACUUAUAAAGAAGGAGCAGAAUCUUUGGGAAAUUACUCUUUACUCUUGAAGAAUGUACAACAGAAAGACAGUGGAAUGUACAAUGCAGUGAUUUCUGCUGCAAAAGACAGAACUGUAGCUGAAUACAAGGUGACAGUUCAGGAUCCAGUGUCUGCAGUUAAUCUGACGGUGAACUGCAGCUCUGCACCUAACAUCACUGUGACCUGCAGUACAGUGGACUCUCGCAUCAGCAGCACUUUUAGAUGUGACAACAAAACCUGCAGUCGGGAGAGAUCAGACGCCACAACAGAUCCUUCCUCUAUCGACGUGUACCUGGACGAAGGUUUCAUCAUCUGUAACCAUAGCAACCACGUGAGCUGGGAACACAAGAAGGAGAUUAAAUCAAAAGUUUGUGAGCCACCUCCAGUUACCUCACACGUGAAUUGGACUGCCACUGGAAUCCGUUUGGCUGUCAUUGGGACUGUCGUCGUGAUUUGCUCUUCCCUUAUCAUAAAAUAUUUACUACAGAAAACCAGAACAUGGUCCAGUGCUGUGACUCCUGUGUUUGUGAAGAAGGGAGAUGAUCUGCUUCUGAAUGUCACAGAAGAUGAUGUUCCUGAAGAUUUUAGUAUUGUUGCAUGGAAAAUCAGAGAAAAUAUUUUAGUCACAUUUUUUAAUCAAGGCAAACCAAAAGUCUCUGAUGCUUACACUGGAAGGGUUGAGUUUUUGGUGAAAAAAUUCUCUGUGAAAUUGAAGAAUCUACAAGAGGCAGACAGUGGAGUUUACACUGCACGAGUGACAGGUCAAAAAGAACAAACACUGGUUGAAUACAACGUCACAGUUCAAGCUCCAGUGUCUCCAGUUGGACUGACAGUGGACUCUGUGUCCAACAGCUCAGACUCCUGUAACCUCACUGUGACCUGCAGUACACAGGACUCUCACAUCAGCAGCACUUUGAGAUGUGACACUCAAACCUGCAGUCAGGAGGGAGGAGAGCGAUCAGAGGUCACGACCUCUGGUGCUUCUCUCCAUGUCUACCUGGAGACUGACUCCAUCAUCUGUAACCAUAGCAACCAGGUCAGCUGGACCAAAAACAUGACGGACAUCCAAGAUUUCUGCCCUCAACAUGCUGGUUCUCAACCAUCACUAUACAUCUAUGUUUUUACCUUUGCGGUUGUGGUUGCUGGUUUUGUCAUCUUUGCAGGACAUCGUCAUCUUCGACAGAGAAGAAAAAAUAAAAGAGAGAACACUGAAAAUACAAUAUAUGCCGUUCCUGAGACUCUCCAGCAGGGCGAUCACAGUCCUCAUGAGAUGGGAGCUACAGCCCGACCAGCUGAUCCAACAAAUGACGCUUCAGGUCCUUCUCCAGUCACUGAAUACAGCUUUGUGGGUCUUCACUCUGGAUCCACUGAGACUAGAGGGAACACUCUGCCAGAAAGCCUGUAUGCUCAGAUAGACAGGUCUGUGGGGAGGGCUGCAAAGAGACAGGAAAAUGAGUAGAGAGAGCGAGGGGAUGACAUGCAGCACAGGACCACAGGCUGGACUGAAACCCAACCCUUUGUGGUGAGGACUCAGGACUCUCUUACUGAUCAGGUGUCAAUAAGAGAAUAAGAGAGUGGCAAGAUGAUGGUAAUAGUACUGAUGCUAUGAUGGUAAUGUUAUUGUUAAUAACAGUAUAUACAACAACAACAACAACAACAACACCACACAUAGAAAUGUGUCAUAUUAGGUCUGUGCAAGAUGUGCAUGUGUACAUAAUGGCAAUAUAUAAUAUGUACAUUGCAGUUAUGUCAUAAAACUGACAGUAGACAGCAGCAGUAUACAAUGGAUUAAACAUAUCCAUUGUGACUGUAAAUGUUUAAACAAAUGUGAAAAAGUGUUGCUUCAGGUCCUUCCCUGAACUCUGAAAACCCAGAGAGAGAGAGAGACCCUGAAAAAAAGUCAUGUUGGUGUUUAAGAGUCUGAAAGCAGUUGGAAAGAAGGACCUGUGGUAGCGCUCUUUCUUACAUGGUGAGAGUAGCCGUCUGCUGCUGAAGGAGCUGUUUAAGGCCCCACAGUCUCAUGCAGGAGGUGACAGGAGUUGUUGAUGAUGAUUCAUCUCCUCCACUUCCUCUGUGAAAUCUAGAGGGAAGCCCCUCUUGACCAGUUUGUUGAGACUUGUUCUGUUCAGAUGACUGUAUAGAAUAAUUCAUAUGCACACUCCUCUUGGUUAAUUUCUACAUGGUUAUAAAUACAUAGGAAACAUGAGAUUGUGUCUACCCUACCUCAAAAAUUACACAGUUGUUUGUACUGUGUAUUGUAUUAGUUCAGGUUUUGCUUCAUUUUAAGAUAAUAUAAGUUUUGUUCUUGCAAUGAAAACCACUUCCUUUCUAGUGGCUCUGUACAUAUCCAUCAUGACUGUAAAUGUUUAUACUGAAAACAGAUGUAUAAAUGUGUUAUUAAAAACAUGCAAACCUAAA